UCCGGGGUAUGAACCGCGCGCGUGACGUCCACGACGCCGGCGCCGCGUAGGGCGGAGCUUCGCGGGUGCUCGGCGCGCGGGAAAGGCCGGCGAAGGAGUCGCGAGAGCUGCCAUGGCGGUCCGCCUGAGCGAGGGCGCGAUUGCGUCUAUAAUGCAAGGAGAGGAUGUUGGGACUCCUGUCUUGCAACUUGUUACCACCCGUGCUAUUGCCACUGGAAACGGCCCACCUCGUUACCGGAUGCUGAUGAGCGAUGGAGUGAACACGCUGUCUUCUUUCAUGCUGGCGACGCAGUUGAACUCUCUAGUUGACCAGGAACGUUUGAAAGUGCAUGCCAUCUGCAAGAUUAACAAGUUUAUCGUUAACAUCUUGAAGGAUGGAAGGAAAGUGGUUAUCGUGAUGGAUUUAGAUGUUGUGAAAACUGGUGACGUGGUGGGUAGUAAGAUCGGCAAUCCGGUGCAAUAUUCUGAAGGAAGCGGGCAAGCAGAGCAGCAACAGACCUCCUCGGCUUUUUCAGCCAACCAAGCACCAAGCAAGACACCUCAGUGGAAUGGGAACCCUGCAGCAGGACCUCCAGCAAAACACACCAGCCCUCCACCGACGCUUGGGAAAGCAGGAAGCUCCAGCUUCCUGAGCACGCCUGGUGGCUCUCAGGCCAAAGUAGUGCCCAUUGCCAGUUUGAAUCCAUAUCAGGCCAGGUGGACGAUUUGCGCACGGGUGACCCAGAAAAGCCAGAUUCGAACGUGGAGCAACUCUCGCGGGGAAGGGAAGUUGUUCUCCAUAGAGAUGGUCGAUGAAAGUGGUGAGAUUCGAGCCACUGCCUUCACGGACCAAGUGGACAAGUUUUUUCCUCUUAUCGAGUUGAACAAGGUGUAUUACUUCUCCAAGGGCAACUUGAAGACUGCUAACAAACAGUACACAACCGUGAAGAAUGAUUAUGAGAUCACCUUCACAAGCGAGACGACUGUCAUACCGUGCGAGGACGCGCAGCACCUUCCCUCAGUCAAGUUUGAUUUUGUUCCCAUUGGUGACCUGGAGAAGGUAGACAAAGAUUCAGUUGUGGAUGUCAUCGGUGUCUGCAAGAGCUUUGAGGAGGACAAAAAAAUUGUGGUGAAGGCUUCCAAUCGAGAGGUGUCCCGGAGAAAUAUACACCUGGUGGACAUGUCUGGAAAAAUGGUGUCGGUCACACUAUGGGGAGCUGAAGCUGAAAAGUUUGAUGGCUCUCGGCAGCCUGUGAUGGCCAUCAAGGGAGCCAGAGUCUCGGAUUUUGGCGGCCGGAGUCUGUCUGUCCUUUCAUCGAGCACUAUCAUUAUGAACCCCGAAAGUCCAGAAUCCUUCAAGCUGCGUGGAUGGUUUGACUCUGAGGGCCAGCUUCAAGAAUGCGCCUCCAUCUCUAACGCGCAGGGUGGGCCUGCCGCGGGCGGAAACACCAACUGGAAAACUCUGUACGAUGCUAAAUCAGAGAACCUCGGCCAAGGAGAUAAGGUAAAGCGGAGCCUCGGAGCGGCAGCUAAUGAGCAAGCUUUCGAUGAGAUCAUUCAGAAAGCCAGCUUCAUGACCUAUGAGUUCCGGAUCCGGGUGAAGAUGGAGACUUUUAAUGACGAAUCGCGCCUGAAGGCUACAGCGAUGGACGUGAAGCCCGUCAACCAUAAGGAAUACAGCAAGAGGCUGAUCAUGAACAUCCGGAAGAACGCGGCGCAGCUCGCUUGAGCAGCCCAGUGGAGCUGGAUCCUCUCCGUAGAACACCUUGAAACGCGGGUCUCAGUUGGUUUCUCCCUGCCUCACGCAGCCCCGUUUGGCGCCAGUUCCAGCAUGCUUUGCAGCUCUGCUUCUCUCACCCUAAUUGUCUCCUGUGUUUCGGAGGCAUGAUUGAGUGCUGUUACCGAAGAAAGGAGAGGGUUCUUCCACUAAGACGAUUCCCAGAGCGAAUCAAUGGCUAAGUGGCGGAGAAGAUACUCUACACGGGGAUCCAUGAUUGCGCCUGGCAUGGAGGCUUCAUUAUAUUUAGCAGGGCUGGACAUAAACAGUGAAAUGUCUUGAUUCUCACCCUCCCCCCCAAAAAGCCAUUUUGGAAAGUCUAGCAGAAUGGGUUGGAUAUGACCCCAGAUAUACCUUUCCCCAAUCCUAGAUUGCUGGUGCCUCCAUCAGUACAAUUCAGGUCCUCUUCUCUCUCUUUGCAUUCAAAUGCUCGCUUCCUGCCACAGGUAUCAGGCAGUUGUUAAUGCUCGGAAUGACAAUAUGGUAGAAUUAUUAAUCAAAGACGCAUCUCUCCUAUCUGAAGAAUAUCCUUCCUUCAGGGUUUAAUAGACUGAGUCAGAUGGGCCCGAUAUUAAUCAAAAUUGUUUCUUCUGGGAGAGUCUGAUAAGCGUUGACUCCUUCACCCCUCUGGGAAAUCUAGGCAACUACAAAGCAGCUCCUUAGUUUUUCACUUCACUUGAGAUUGCAUUUUUUGUGGUUGCUGACCGCACAGGUCUGCUACCUGUCUACAUAUAUAUUUCUUACAUUUGUAUGCCAACAAUACUCAUUUUGGAUUUGUUUGUAACUGAGGUGAAUAAUUGAGGAAGUGAUCGUUCAGAUGGGGGAGGUAGAAUCCCCCCCUCCCCCGUUUUCUCAAUAAACAAUGUUUAGUUUCUGAA